AUGUCAAAUGCUGUUAAAUUACAAUUUAUUUAUGAUCCACAACAACCACCACCACAUAUCAUCGAUACUGAAAUUCAGAAAUCUCAGCCACCAGCAAACAAACUCGUUAACAGAUACAUCUCAACAGCUGCACAAUAUCUCAAUAGAACAAAAAGUUUUCAUGUUACGCCAACAAAUAAUAACCAUAACAAUAUUCAUUUUCAAACAAAUCGUAAGAAUAUAUCAUCGAAUAAUCUAAUACAAUCAUCAUCAACUGACAUGUCGAAUACAAAUUGUUUAACAACUGAAAAAAUUUCAAUACCUACAAAUGAAACAUAUACAUGUAGUCUACCUUUGAAUGAUCAUAAUAAUAAUGAUUCAAUCAAUGCCAAUAAACCACAAGGUCUUGUCAAUACAUUACGUCGAUCGUUGAAAAAAAAUAGAGAACGUUUUUAUAAUAAACAAUCAACAGCAAUGAAAUCAUGUCAAACAUUGAAUACUUGUGAACAAACAACGAAUGAUUUUCAAAAUAUGUAUAAAAAAAUUUCCAAAACACCAACGCUACAUGGUCGACGUCAAACUUUAGCAAAUCAUAUUCCUAUAAGUUCCAUAACGAAUACAAUAAAUGAAGAUCAACUUCAUCCUUUACAACCGUUAGCAAACAAAAAUCGUUUAUUAGCUAAUGGACAUUUUGUUCAUCAUCAACUUACACCAGUUUUACCACCGGCUGCAUCGCUUCAAUCACUUUCACCUUUAACAACAACAGGAAGUGUAACAUUUACAACUCCAACAUCAAAUAUUGAACAACAAUCAAUACAGUCUGAUAAUGAAGAAAAAGAAAAAGAAAAAUUAAAAAAUGAUUUACAACAAUUAAAAAGUGAAUUACAAAAAUCCAAAGAAACUAUAGCACGUUUACAAAAAAGUGAAGAACAAAUGCGUGAACGAUUAGCCGAACAAGCACAACGUCAAUUAGAAAAAGGUGGUAAAUUUGAAGAUUUAAAUCAAAUAUCACGUCCAACAGAAUUAAUACGUUCAUAUAAUAGUCUUUAUUCACAAGCACGAAUUGAUGCACUUGAUGCGUUAGAUAGUAUUCGUGAAAUGAUUGAAUCAGAAGAUUUAAAAUCAAAAUUAUUAUUUUCAGUUGUUGUUCUUGCUUUUCGUCAUGCACAAAAUCAAGCUAAAGAAAUACGAAAUAAAGUUAAACAAAUCCUGCAAUUAUCAAAUGAUAAAAGUUCAAUAACAUUAGAAGAAACAAUUGAAAAAUAUUUAAGAAGUACAAUACAAAAAUAUGAUAUUGGAAAAGUUGCAUUCGAAGUAGAAAAUCAAUUAUGGGCGACGUUGUAUGAUUAUCCAGCUUUAAGAUCUUGCAAUGAACUACUUAAAUACAUUACUUCUGCUUGUCGUACUGCAUGGGGACUUGCGAAUCAAACUCCACCUUAUUAUAUUGAAUUUCAAACAGCAAAAUUUGAUAAACAAAUUCAUGAACGUUUUCAUACAUCCGAUAAUGAAAGUGACACUAUUAUUGAAUAUAUAUGGCCAUGUUUAAUUGAUGGUCGUGAUCGAGCUUGUGUUGCAAAAGGUGUUGUUAUUACUGAUGAACAUUAUUUAUCAAUAUCAAAAACUAUUUCAUCUUAG